UCGCGCCCUCGGGAAUCAUCAGGCUUUCCCUGCAUUUCAGUCAUUCUUCGGCUUUCCACCACUUUUAUUUAAAUGAAUCAUCCCUAGAGAUCUCGUCAGGUGUUUUGCAGGGGUUUUGGUAAGGACUCUACUUCUGAUUAGCCCUGAAAGCAGUAGUCAUCCGACGGAAUUGGAGUUGGGCUGCAGAAGCUGCGUGGCGCUAGGACCCAGGGGGCUCCCGAGAGCGGAUCUUGGGGCCAGAUUGCAAAUUCGCGGUGACUCAGUCUGGUCGGCUCCUUGCGCUCGGCGGCCGCGGCGGCGGCGGCAGACGUUGGCGGCCAAGCUGCUGCGAGCAGUUCCGCCGGCCUUCUGCGUCCGAGACUUCCUGCGGGGCACCCGAGGCAGCAAACCAAGAUGGAGUAUGAGUGGAAACCCGACGAGCAAGGGCUCCAGCAGAUCCUGCAGCUGCUGAAGGAGUCUCAGUCGCCCGACACCACCAUCCAGAGGACCGUGCAACAAAAACUGGAACAACUCAAUCAAUAUCCAGAUUUUAACAACUACCUGAUUUUUGUUCUGACAAAAUUAAAAUCUGAAGAUGAACCCACAAGAUCAUUGAGUGGUCUCAUCUUGAAGAAUAAUGUGAAAGCACAUUUUCAGAACUUCCCAAAUGGUGUAACAGACUUUAUUAAAAGUGAAUGUUUAAAUAAUAUUGGUGACUCCUCCCCUCUGAUUAGAGCCACUGUAGGUAUUCUGAUUACAACCAUAGCUUCCAAGGGAGAAUUACAGAAUUGGCCUGAUCUGUUACCAAAACUCUGUAGCCUCUUGGAUUCUGAAGAUUAUAACACCUGUGAGGGAGCAUUUGGUGCCCUUCAGAAGAUAUGUGAAGAUUCCGCCGAGAUUUUAGAUAGCGAUGUUUUAGAUCGUCCUCUCAACAUCAUGAUUCCCAAAUUUUUGCAGUUCUUCAAGCAUAGUAGUCCCAAAAUAAGGUCUCACGCUGUUGCAUGUGUCAAUCAGUUUAUCAUCAGUAGGACUCAGGCUCUGAUGUUGCACAUUGAUUCUUUUAUUGAGAAUCUCUUUGCAUUGGCUGGUGAUGAAGAACCGGAGGUACGGAAAAAUGUGUGCCGGGCACUUGUGAUGUUGCUGGAAGUUCGAAUGGAUCGCCUGCUUCCUCACAUGCAUAAUAUAGUUGAGUACAUGCUGCAGAGGACCCAAGAUCAAGAUGAAAACGUGGCUUUAGAAGCCUGUGAAUUUUGGCUUACUUUGGCUGAGCAGCCAAUUUGCAAAGAUGUGCUUGUGAGGCAUCUCCCAAAGUUGAUACCUGUGUUAGUGAAUGGUAUGAAGUACUCAGAUAUAGAUAUUAUCCUUCUUAAGGGUGAUGUUGAAGAAGAUGAAACAAUUCCUGAUAGUGAACAGGAUAUAAGGCCACGUUUUCAUCGAUCCAGGACAGUGGCUCAGCAGCAUGAUGAAGAUGGGAUUGAAGAGGAAGAUGAUGAUGAUGAUGAAAUUGAUGAUGAUGAUACCAUUUCUGACUGGAAUCUAAGAAAAUGUUCUGCUGCUGCCCUGGAUGUUCUCGCAAAUGUGUAUCGCGAUGAGCUACUGCCACAUAUUUUGCCCCUUUUGAAAGAAUUACUUUUUCAUCAUGAAUGGGUUGUUAAAGAAUCAGGCAUCUUGGUUUUAGGAGCAAUUGCUGAAGGCUGUAUGCAAGGCAUGAUUCCGUACCUUCCUGAGCUCAUUCCUCACCUUAUUCAGUGCCUCUCUGAUAAAAAGGCUCUUGUGCGUUCUAUAACGUGCUGGACUCUUAGCCGCUAUGCACACUGGGUAGUCAGCCAGCCACCAGACACGUACCUGAAGCCAUUAAUGACAGAAUUGCUAAAGCGUAUUCUGGAUAGCAACAAGAGAGUACAAGAAGCUGCCUGCAGUGCCUUUGCUACCCUGGAAGAGGAGGCUUGUACCGAACUUGUUCCUUACCUUGCUUACAUACUUGAUACUCUGGUCUUCGCAUUUAGUAAAUACCAGCAUAAGAACCUGCUCAUUCUUUAUGAUGCCAUAGGAACUUUAGCAGAUUCGGUAGGACAUCAUUUAAACAAACCAGAAUACAUUCAGAUGUUAAUGCCUCCUCUGAUCCAGAAAUGGAACAUGUUAAAGGAUGAAGAUAAAGAUCUCUUCCCUUUACUUGAGUGUCUGUCUUCGGUUGCCACAGCCCUGCAGUCUGGCUUCCUCCCAUACUGUGAACCGGUCUAUCAGCGUUGUGUAAACCUAGUGCAGAAGACACUCGCACAAGCCAUGCUGAACAAUGCUCAGCCAGAUCAGUACGAGGCUCCGGAUAAAGACUUUAUGAUAGUGGCUCUUGAUUUGCUCAGUGGCCUGGCGGAAGGACUUGGAGGCAACAUUGAACAGCUGGUAGCACGAAGUAACAUCCUGACACUAAUGUAUCAGUGCAUGCAGGAUAAAAUGCCGGAAGUUCGACAGAGUUCCUUUGCCCUGUUGGGUGACUUGACAAAAGCCUGCUUUCAGCAUGUUAAGCCUUGUAUAGCUGAUUUCAUGCCAAUACUGGGAACCAACCUAAAUCCAGAGUUCAUUUCAGUUUGCAACAAUGCCACAUGGGCUAUUGGAGAAAUCUCGAUUCAAAUGGGUAUAGAGAUGCAGCCUUACAUUCCUAUGGUGUUGCGCCAGCUUGUAGAAAUCAUUAACAGACCCAACACACCAAAGACGUUGUUAGAGAAUACAGCAAUAACAAUUGGUCGUCUUGGUUACGUUUGUCCUCAAGAGGUGGCCCCCAUGCUACAGCAGUUUAUAAGACCCUGGUGCACCUCUCUGAGAAACAUAAGAGACAAUGAGGAAAAGGAUUCAGCAUUCCGUGGGAUUUGUACCAUGAUCAGUGUGAAUCCCAGUGGCGUAAUCCAAGAUUUUAUAUUUUUUUGUGAUGCUGUUGCAUCAUGGAUUAACCCAAAAGAUGACCUCAGAGACAUGUUCUGUAAGAUCCUUCAUGGAUUUAAAAAUCAAGUUGGGGAUGAAAAUUGGAGGCGUUUCUCUGACCAGUUUCCUCUUCCCUUAAAAGAGCGUCUUGCAGCUUUUUAUGGUGUUUAAUUGAAUACACUUAAGCUGCAGUCCCAAAAUUAGGGGUCCUUCGGUCUUGGAGACUCUGAGGGAGCCUCUGCACCCAGGGAAAAUGUUACCCUUUACAGGGGGGAAGGGUAACCCAGUAGGGAAUGCAGUACAAUCCCUACCCUACUGGGAGGGGCGGGAGGGAGGUGUUGCCGUCACUGUAUUAAGUCGAUGUUGGGAAACGUUUUAACAUCUGGAGCCUUUGUGGGUGGAAAUCUGUCUCCAAUUACAACUCUGCACUGGAUGUGAAGAAGCAAAAAAAUCUAUCAGUCUACUCACAAAACAGUACAUUCUGGAAUAUUAUGGGGAUUUGUACCAAAACAAGAACCAUAUAAAUGAUGCAUAGGGAUAAGAAAGAGGAAAAAUCCUAUAGCGCACAAUAAAGGAAACCUAAGAAUGGGGGUUACAAACAGUAAAGAAGCUCUUUUUUUUUAAUUUAAAGAUUUUUAUAUUAAAUUUUCCCACUUGGUGGGGUCUGGUUUUGCAUGCUGAUAAAGAACUACACAGACAAAGCUAAUAGAGUUAGAAUCAGCUUGCCGUCCCACGGGAGACGCAGGUUCUUGGAAGUUACAGUUUAAAGUACCCCAGAAAAAAAGGUGGAAAUAAAACAAAUUUAAGAAAUGAAGCACCCUAUGAAAUGCCAAAUGAGUCACUCCUUUUACUUUCGUGGGGUGGGCAGGGAGAGAGGGGAGUAGGUGGGGUUGGGCAUAUCAAACUAAAGAGGACAUGUUAAUUUUGCAUUAAAACAUUAAUGUAGUGGAUAUAAUUUGAUGGUUGUACUUCAUUAGAUUUAAUUUCUAGGCCACAACUUAAAGUGCAGUUUAAGGUUCAGGCAUGCAUUCUGGCUCAUAGUGAUUGAAAGUGACUUAAAUUAGUGGGGAAGUAGCAUGCUUGCAUCACAUAGAGUGACACUGGUAUUCAUUUUACCUAUGUUGCGCCAGUUUGUGUUGCAGUUUACCAAUUCAAGUUAGCCCUGCAUUUAAAAUUCCUUUUUAAGAUUUGUGGAUUUUAUUUUUAUUAAGACUAUAGAUCUAUAAAGUCCUGUAGUUUACAGCUAGGCCUUGAGAUACCUUGCUUAGGAUCUGUUAGGAAUAAGGUUGAUAUUGUAUUGUGUGUAACCUGCACAAUGUGGAAAGCUGAUAUCCUGUGCAAAAUCUUUGCCUCUGUGCUGUCAGUGUGAUGUGCUUUCUGCAUGGUUAUAUACUACUCGUGAUUUUAUCAGAAAUUCUCAAAUUCAAAAUACAUGGUAAAAGAUCUGUAAAAGGCUGCAUAAAUGUUAGUUGGCACAUAAAGACAAUUGUAGAAGUUGAAAAAUGAUUGCUAUAUUUCAAUGUUUAUUCCCACUCAACAUAUUGCCUUCUAAGCUUUCUUUUUUCCUUUUUUCCUUUUUUAUUCUUUUGUUCAAAGCAUGAUCUUGAAGAUAUGUUUAAGUUAAUGGAUGUAAUGCAGGGUUCCUACACUGUAUUGGCGCAUGUUGGUGGCCCUCUGUGCCCUAAAUAUAUGCACACAGGGUGCAAGUUAAAAGCUACAGAGUGAAAGUUGGUUUGGAUCCUCUUCAUUUCAUUUGUUUAGCUUUUCUGUUAUUUUCUCUACUUACAUGUAUUCCUGUGAAUAAAUCCUUGUUAAGUUAACCCUUUACUUUUCCUUCCAUGUGUAUUUUCUUAUAUACUGUGAAUGUGAAAACCUAACUGGUACACUUGAUCUUGUGUCCAUAUGAAAGUGCAAAUCUUUAUUAAUUUGGAUUGCCUGAACAGUGUAUCCCAUGAUGAUGAAGGAAAAAUGGAGAGAAUUUUCUUUUUAACUCUGCUGGUCAGAGACAAAGCCACACCUUUCCAUUUUUCGAUGCUGCAUAUUUAAUCUGCAACAAAAAAAUGUUAAGCCAUAACAGCCUUUUUAUAUUUUAGUUUGUCACCUUUGCAUUGCAGAAUAAAUCCUGAGUAACCAUUUUUAUAAGCAGUUGCUCCUCUUUGCAUGGUUCUGUUCUCUAAAAGUUUUGAAUGAUACAGCCAUUGCACUGAAGUUUGAGCUAUGUGUGUGUGAAUUUAAAAAUACUGUUUCAAAAAUUUUCAAGUGCAUGGUAGCAUGCAGAAAGGUUGUUCUUGUAUGUGUGUGUUUGUUUUUUUAACAUGUUCUUUCACCUACUUCUACUUUGGCUUUGCAAAUUUCAGUCUGUAGAGCCUGAAAUUAAAUCAUUUUAUAACAGCCAAUUUUUUUAAAAAGUUGUGAAUUGGAGUCAGAGGGGAUGUAGCAUUUUACUCUCUAGCUCGGUUGCAUCACUGGGAGCUCAAAGUUAAUCUUUAAUACCUUAGUAGGGUAACUGUGUUAGCAACUAUUUUAAAUGGAAAUAGCCAAAUUCCUCUCUGAUGAUGAUCACAGUAGAACAAAUAUAUAUCAAAACAACUAAGUUUAUCUGGACCUGUGAUUGACAAUUCUGUAUUGACUAAAAGCAAUAUUGUCACCUGUCUGAAAAAUUAAGUUUCCAGUUAGGCAGAUGUGUAACAUAAGAAUGUGCCCAGUUUUGUAGUCACUUGACCGUUUUUACAUUUCAAGGAAAUUUAAUUUUAAAAUAGAAAAUAAAAGUAAGUAAACACAACUGGCAACCUGAGAUUGAGCUGGCUUUUUUUGUGUGUAUUUUCCCCCUUGAGGUUAUUGUUUUCUUCCUGAUUUAUAUUUCAGAUAACAUAGUAUAGCACAGGAAUUUGCAGAAGCCAUUUAAGUUAUCUUUUGAGGUAAGCUCUGAUUCAGCAUUUACUGUUCUGAUAAAACCUAAUACAUCAUGGGAUAUAUAUAAAGCAACUUAAUUCUUGUGGUGUAGUCUUAAUAGUUUUGAAUGUUGACUGAAUGUCUAUGAAAUUGUGAGUUUGUCUUUGUUACAUUCCAGUGUUUCUGCCUGUUGGCAUGCUUAAGGCACGGCUUACUUCAUCUGCUCCUUACACACUAAAAUGCUGUUAGUGUGCUCAACUACAUAAAAAUAGCCGCUGCUACGUGAUGUAGAUUUUCUACUUGAAUAUUUUUAUGUUGUAGGAACCUCAGGAGGUCAGUGUUUACUGUUUUAUAUAUGCCUUCUUUUUCCUGUUUGAGCUUCUCUCUUUGAAGGAUUCUAACAGAACAAAAGCUGCUGAUCAACCUAAGUUGGAAACAGAAAGUGUAUUUUUAAUAUAAUUUAAGUGCACAUUUGGCAGUUCCAUGUUACAGCCCUUAGCAAGUGAACUUAGUGCCAUAGAUAUUCAUUUAUUCAAGAAAGCGUUUUGCUUUUUGUAUUGUCUAAUCUCUUCAGUGACUUCAUACUGUGUAAAAAGUAAUCAGUUUUAUAUUUUUUUGGUUGGUUGGUUGUUUCCCAAAUAAUCAACGUGUAAAUAGUCUUCAAGAGCCAGUUCUGAUGCUUUACAUUAUUGCUACUUGAUUUUGUUAAUAAGCAAGUUAGAUUUCAGAAGAAUAGGUUUUAAAACACUUAACCAAGCCAUUACAUACUAAAAACAAAACAAGUAGCAUACAUUUUGUAAGUAACAUAUUGAUAUAAACACUGUGAUUUUUUGGUUAAGACUUUUUCAUUGAUCUGAAUUGCUUAAAUUGCAUAUAUUGUAAAAUAGAAUCAGAUGUAUAUUUUAAAAAUAAUUUCAACUGACUUUCUUCUUGAAAUGCUUUGUCUACUCAGUUAUAAAAUAUUUCAGAUACAAGUUUUAUCUCAGGUGAAUACUCUUGUAUCAAUUUUGCUUUGAUGACAUAGGCUUAUAAAGGGUCAUCAUACUUACAUUCUUUGUUUUUUAAUGGCUUUCAUUGAGAAUCUUCCCGUUUUAUUUUUCCUUUCUGUUUUUCUUCUGGUUUUUUUCCCCCCAAUUCCUUUAGCAGACCAGAGUGAUAUAAAAUCGUUCUGACAAGCCUUUUGCAUGCAGGUUUGUCUGAAGAUGAAUUAAAUUUGGGCCUCCUUUCUUCCAAAUCCUCAAAAUAGCAGAAUGGGAAUUUGUCUCCCCUCUGUAAAGUUAUUCUGUGUAGCUGAAAUGCCAGAAUACAACCGUGUCUUAAACCCUUCAGUCUAAAUGUAAGUCCUUUGCCAUGAGGAAAAAGUGGUUUUUUGCUUCAUAUAGUUAAUCUAUAUUAUUCAUAUUGAAUGUAUUAACAGAUAACGGUGCAAAAACAUUCUUCCCAGGAGAAGAAUGUGUCAUGCAUAAGUGCAGUUUAAAUCCUUCCUUUGGUAGUAGUUUAAAACACAGCUUUGCUUAUUGAAUUAUUUUUGCAAAUAAUACAGGGAGAGGGUAGCACACACUAAUUGUUGGUACUGUUACUAUUAAUGAAGUACAGCAUUGGAAUCUUGAAGAAAACCCGUCCUCGGAUGGUUAAGGGCCUGGGAUAAUCUAGAUGAGAAAACAGAUCGAUAACAGGCUGUGUUAACAAUAUUAUAUAGUACUGAUACCGUGCAGUAGCUUUGUAUACCAACUUAGUGCAUUUCACACUGUAUUAAACAUGGAGAUACUUCUAAUCUGUCUUCAAAUUUUUACAUCCUUGUUAGUUCAUUCACCUGUAUAAAGUCUUACAUAGACCUUUCCCACAUUGGCAUUACUUAUGUAGAUAAUCUUUAUGUCUGAUUGUUACAUUAAUUUCUAAAGUAUACAUUUAAAUGACAGCAACUGUCUAUUGUGGCUUGUAUCCCAGAAUGUUUUGUAUGUGUAUUUUUUUUUAAAGAUGCAUAAUAACUAAAUGUGUGCAUGCAUGAUUUUGAGGAAAGUUAAAGUAGUGAUUUUUUUUCCCCACCUUUUUAAAACCAAGCCAGAUCUGUAGAUCUGUUUGCCAAGGUAGGCUGCCACUAAUUAGAAAACCAGUAGUUUUCCUUUUAUUAUUACAAAUUUUGUUUAUUUACAAUAGAAUCCUGUUAUGCUAUGGCUUGGUGUUAUGCAGAAAUAACUGUCUUAUAUCUAUCUAAUUCUCUUUCUCUUAAAACCUACUAUAAUAACUUGGUUAGCCUAAAAGGCAGUAUUGGUCCCCUCCUGUUACCAGCCUCAUAAAGGGGUUCUGCUCUACUUUCCUCAUCACUGUGUUUUCCUUUGUGGAUGUAUAACCAAACUGAGCUUGAGUGAUUUGUAUGGAGGUAAUAAUUAGACAAUACUGUAUAAUUAAUUUUACUGAAUAGAUUAUCAUCUUGUGAGAAGAGAUAUUUAAACAUGGUAAAUGGCUUCACUUCAUACUAUAAAAGUUCUCCUAUUCAUGUUAACAUUGGGUGCAAUAAUUUUAGUAGUGUUAGCUUUAGUUCUAAGUAACUGGAUCUUUCUGCUGACAACUUAGGUUGUAUGAGUUAUGCUUCAAAGCUUUAAAUCUGACGUUUCCUGUACCGCCACACUAUGUUAGAAUGUGUCCUUCAAACAUAUCCUCCUGCAACUUCUCCAAAUGUACUCGAUUGAUAUUCCUUCUAACUCUGUGCUAACAGAUCUUCAUUUUAAAUAGAAUACGGUUUUAAUUUUUGAUAAGCUGCUGACUUUUAAAGAGAGUUUUUUGGGGCCACCAAAUAUUUUGGAUCAUGCAGAGAAUAUAUAUUGUACUGUAGUAAUUUUGUAUUUACAUUUGUAUGAUGUGACAUAAUAGAUGUGAAUGUUAAUCACUGCUUGACUAUGUUAAUAAAGUUGUUUAACUAUA